AUGACGAUUCUUCUUAUUGGCGGCACCGGCAAAACGACCACGCGCGUUGCAAAGCUGCUCAGCGCUGCAAACCAGCCCUUCCACCUGACCUCUCGCCGAGGACCGGACGCUGCGCCGCAUGGAUAUCCGGCCAUCAAGUUCGACUGGACCGAUGAGACGACGUGGGCGAAACCCUUCGAGAAAGGAGACAUCGACGCCGUGUACAUGAUGGAGCCGGGUGUCUCGCAGCCUUGGGUGCCGAUGAUCAAAUUCGUCGACUUUGCCAGAGACAAGGGCGUCAAGCGCUUCGUUUUGUGUACUGGCAGCUCAGCUCAAUUUGGCCAGGACGGAAUGGGCAGGGUCUGGGAGCACUAUGUUAAUACGGGUGUCGACUACUGCGUGCUUCGCCCGUCUUGGUUCAUGGAGAACUUAGUGGAGCCGGGCCUUUUGUACACCAUCGGCCAGCUGAAUACGAUCUUUACCGCCUGUCAGGAUGGGCAGAUUCCUUUCAUCAGCGCUGACGACAUUGCGGAAGUCGCGUUCCACGCGCUAACUGAUGAGAAGUCACACAACUGCGACCAUCGUAUUCUCGGACCCGAGCUCCUAACAUACGAUGACAUUGCCGCAACGCUUUCCAAGGUCCUUGGUCGCAAGAUCGAGCACGUCAAGCAAGACAAAGCCAGCCGGUGCCAGGGCAUGAUCCAGGCCGGUGUGUCGGAAUACGUCGCACGUUUAUUGACCAACCUUGAGGUCAUUGCAUCGACGAACUUUGAAAAAAGGUUGGGAGACGCGGUUGAAACAGUUACGGGUCAUCCUCCAAAGAGUUUUGAUACCUUUGCCGAAGAGAACAAGACUGUCUGGUCGCAGUAA